GACUUGAAUUUUCUUCGAUCAAUGUGCUUUUUGUAUUAUGUUGAUACACUCACUUAUUUGGGUGUGAUAACGUCGAAUCAAGGAAUUCAGUCAGCUCGUAUCGUGUUCACAUUGUUCACCAUAGGGAUGGUUGGUAGUGGGAUUAUGCACGUGAACUUCUUUUAUUUUGUGCUGUCUACAUUCCUGUUAUCAAUGAUAGAUUGAACAUUUGGGAGAUUUUUGGUUGAAUGAAAAUCAUCGUGGUACAUGGAGUUACUUCGAGUCUUGUUAUUUUCUUUUAGUAACAUUAUCUACUGUUGGUUACGGUGAUUAUGUAACCCAUUCAACAUUGGGGAGAUUAUUUAUUUGUAUAUUUAUACCAGUUGCUAUGGGUGUUUCUGCAAGUUUUGUACCAGAGUUAUUUCGUAAUUUCAAUAAUAACUAUACUAAUUCUUCGGAUCGAUAUGAACCGAUUUCAGGUGAACGACAUGUUAUCGUUUGUGGAAAUUUCGAUAACGAAAGUAUACGAGCUUUUAUCAAAGGUUUUCUUUAUGGAUGUCAAGCCAAAGGACGUAUGAGAAUAAACAUGGUACUUUUGAGACCGAUACCAUUGGAUUAUGCACUGAAAGCAAUUCUUAGUCCAUAUCAUGCAUGGGUUCGAUAUUUUGUUGGUACACCAAAUAAUCCACACGAUUUAGCCAGAACUAAAUUAAAAGAAGCACGAGCAGCAUUCAUAUUAGCCACACCAAAUACAAAAUUCCGUGAUGAUGAAGACAGCGCAAAUAUAAUGCAAGCAAUUGCAAUAAAGGCUAGAAAAAAGAAUUUACGCGUUAUUUUGCAAUUGCAUUAUUUUAGAAAUAAGUGUUUAAUGAAUAAUUUUCCACGUUGGACAUAUUUAGCCAACGAUAUGGUAGUUUGUAUGGAAGAACUAAAAUUAGGUUUAAUGGCGUACAAUUGUCUAGCACCGGGUUUCUCAACGUUGAUUGUAAAUCUUUUAAAUGCACAUGGAAGUAAACCAAGAAUAUUUGAAUACGAACGUUGGAGGAUAGAAUAUGAGUAUGGAUUUCGAAUGCAACUACAUGAUGUUGGCAUUAGUCAUGAAUUUUCAAACCUAUUUAUUAGAGAUUUAGCUAUUUUUGUUUAUGAAAAGUGGAAUCUUAUUCUACUAGCCAUACGUAUCAAUGGGCUAGAAAAAUCUUCAAUGCUUAUAAAUCCAAUUGAAGUAAACUGUCCAGUGAAUAAUAAUUCAAUGCGCGCUAUAGUUAUAUCUAGUGAUUAUAGUUCUGCUUUAAACUUGCAGUAUUAUUGCAUAACAUGCGAAGGACAUCUAAUUGGUCAACCAUGCAGAUGUAGUCGUCCUGUGUUAGAAAAAAGAAGAAAAAUAACAAUUGCUAGAGACUUAGCACUAUAUGAGCAAAUUGGGAAAGCCAGAGAAAAUGCUGUUAAAGCUGAAACAUGGUCAUAUGAUACUAGAUCUACACACUUUUUUCGUCAUUCAUUUACUACAACAUCACCAAAUUUAUUACAUGAUACAAGAAAUUUACUAUUUGAUCAACCUCGUGGGCGAAGUGAAACAAGAAAAAUGGAUUCAAAUUCAAGAAAUUUAGCACUUCCAAAUAAUAUUCCAGCAAGGUGUAUGAAUUAUUCUCCAAUACGAACUCCAUCACAUUCAUCACAAGUAGAUCGUACUGGAUCAUUUCAUUGGGUACCAGAUAUCCCACUUACAAGGGCCACGUUGAGCCCAAAUCAAGCAGCAAGUCUGAAUUUUAACAGACAUUUCCUUGUAUGUGUUGCUGGAAAAUCAACAAACGGUCCUCUUAAUCUGGAGAAUUUCAUCAUGCCACUACGAUUCCAUUGGCAGCGUGUUCGAGAUAUCGUAAUCCUAGGAGAUAGUCAUUUAAUUGGGCCGUUGGAAUGGGUUAAAUUAAAAAAUCUUCCAAGAAUAUUUAUUGUCGAUGGUGAUCCAUGCAGUUUUAAUGAUCUACACUCAGUACAUUUAUGUCAAUGUAAUGCUUGUGUAGUGCUUGGUUACAGCGCGGAAGAGCCUCAUUCACAAUGUGUUGAUCCAAGUCUUCAAGACAGAGUGACAUUAUUGUGUGCAAUGAAUAUUCGAUCAUUAUUGCAAAAAGAACAACAUUUGGUUCAUUUAACAACAGAAUUACAUUAUGAAAAAAAUGCCUACUUAUUCAGUUCAGGUGACAUACAUGAAAAUGAUUACAAAUUACCAGUAUGGUUUAGUGAACCAUUUGCUCGGGGGAUUAUUUUUAGCAACACUUUACUAUAUAGCUGUUUGAGUUCUUUCUUUUACAAUGAUAAUAUAUUUCGUUUCCUUCGAGUUUUAAUUUCUGGACAGUCAACUGAUGAACUUGAAGCAUCAUUUUCUGUUGGAGCAGGUCUACAACAACAAGCAACACCACAGUCAGCUCGAAUGGCUGGAGUAAAAGUUUCUUUGAGGGGAUUUCGUCAUGCACCUUUCAAAUUUUUAACUCGAAUAUCACUUCGAAAGCCACUUACCUUUAAAGAUGUCUACAUUCGCUGUAUAACAUGUUGGCAGAUUCUAUGUCUUGGGUUAUAUAGAUGGCAAGAAAAUGGUUUUCGAUAUGUUAUUGCUAAUCCAAUGCCAGAUACUCAAAUUUAUGAAAAUGAUAUGUUUUAUUGUUUCAUGCCAAUUGAUCAGGAUGAUUCAAAUAAAAAUUGGAAAUUUUCCGAAGUUAUACAACCACGAAAUGAAAUUCACUUACAGAUACAACACCAAAUAUAAGAAGAGAAAACCCAUCAAGUUAAAAAAAGCAUUUUCGCAGAUUUAGAAAUUAAAAAUGUUAAUCAGUGAUCAAUCUCAAUUGCAUACUCAUUAUUUAUAGAUGUAUAUUAGAAUCAUCCAAUUAACAACCAUACAUGAACCACCUAUACAUUACUUUCAAAACUUUUCUUAGACACCAGUAAACAGAUUACAGUAGUGUGUAUUCUAAUCAAGAAUAUGAUCAAUAAUUAAUGUAGAAAUAUGCUUCACACCACAUGUACAGCGAACAUUUAUUUUUUAACAUCAAUAUAUUUUACAUUAAUAACAUAACUUUCCAUUUUUACAGUAAAAUAAAAUUUCCUUGAUUUUCUUCUUCAUUA